AUGCAGGGUGAACCUCCGAAGAAGCGGCCUGAGAAGAAGGCGGAAAAGCUGCUCUUUGACGCCGCGUCCUUCGGGAAGGACCUGCUCGCAGGCGGGGUCGCGGCGGCUGUGUCCAAGACGGCGGUGGCGCCCAUCGAGCGGGUAAAGCUGCUGCUGCAGGUGCAGGCAUCAUCCAAGCAGAUCAGUCCCGAGGCACAGUACAAAGGCAUGGUGGACUGCCUGGUGCGGAUUCCCCAGGAGCAGGGUUUCUUCAGCUAUUGGCGUGGCAAUUUAGCAAAUGUCAUCCGAUAUUUUCCAACACAGGCUCUAAACUUUGCUUUUAAGGACAAAUACAAACAACUUUUCAUGUCUGGAGUUAAUAAAGAAAAACAGUUCUGGAGGUGGUUUUUGGCAAACCUGGCUUCUGGAGGAGCUGCUGGGGCAACAUCCUUAUGUGUAGUAUAUCCGCUGGAUUUUGCCCGAACCCGAUUAGGUGCUGAUAUUGGAAAAGGUCCUGAAGAGCGACAGUUCAAGGGUUUAGGUGACUGUAUUAUGAAAAUAGCAAAAUCAGAUGGAGUUGUUGGUUUAUACCAAGGGUUUGGUGUUUCAGUUCAGGGCAUCAUUGUGUACCGAGCCUCUUAUUUUGGAGCUUAUGAUACAGUUAAGGGCUUAUUACCAAAACCAAAGAAAACUCCAUUUCUUGUCUCCUUUUUCAUUGCUCAAGUUGUGACUACAUGCUCUGGAAUACUCUCUUAUCCCUUUGACACAGUUAGAAGACGUAUGAUGAUGCAGAGUGGUGAAGCUGAACGGCAAUAUAAAGGAACUUUAGACUGCUUUGUGAAGAUAUAUCAACAUGAGGGAAUCAGUGCAUUUUUUCGUGGUGCCUUCUCCAAUAUCCUUCGUGGUACAGGGGGUGCUUUGGUAUUGGUAUUAUAUGAUAAAAUUAAAGAAUUCCUUAAUAUUGAUAUUGGAGGUAGAUUAAAUUGAGAAAUGCAUUUAUUUAACUUGUUAAACAUACAAAUUACAU